UUUGUUUGCUGCUUUAACUUCAGUAAUGUUGCUGUUUGUUUCUGCUCUGUCAUGUUUCUACAUGUUCACUUCUUAUUUCACCACAAACUCUGGAUCACUGCUGUUUAAACAUCCAUCAAUAUGAUUAUUAGGUUAUUGAUUCACUGCAAUCAGUCAGUAUUUAUAUUAGAUUAUUGAUUGACUUCAGUCAGUUUGAUCAGCUGCUGAUGUUUCUUUGUUUCUUCACAAUACAAACUGCGUCGUGUCUUUUUAUACUUUCGGUUUCUCUGUGAGUCUCUGCAGCUCCAUGACUCCAUCUGCUGGACUGAUAGUAGAAGUGCAGCAGCUGAUCUUCUCCAGGAGGAUCUGAGUGGAUGAAUGAUGUUUGUUUCCUGUGCAGGUGAAGGUAGAAAGUGUGUGUGAGCUGCUGUGAGUUGAGCAUCAUGGAUGAGUGUGAGGACAGAGAGGAGGGAGUCCCUCCCUCUAAAAGCUCUCUGUGUGGGGAACAGGAGAACCAGAGCAAAGCUCAGAGGAAUCCACCUGGACCUGGACCUGGACCUGGACCUGGACCUGGACCUGCAUCCAGCUGUGUGUCGUUAAAGAGCGACCGGUCGAUGGGUCGCUUAAUUGACUUUAAAGAUGAUCAACCUCCUGCUGCAGAGAAAAUCCAUCAGAGACCAGAGUCCUCUGGACCUGGACCUGCAUCCAGCUGUGUGUCCUUCAGGAGUGACUGGUCUAAGGAUAAACCUCUUUAUUUUAAAGGAGAACAAGGUCCUGCUGCAGAGGGAGUGGAGCAGCAGAACUCAGAGGUUCCCAGAGCUCAGUCUGUCCAGCAGCAUCACCUGGACUCCAUAUUCAUGCUGCUGGAGGACAACAUGGUAACUUUUGUGAAGAAGGAGCUGAAGAAGAUGCAGAAGGUUGUGAGUCCAGAUUACCCAGAAUGCUCAGAGAGUCAGAGGGAGGAUGAGGAGGAGUUGGAGGGUGAUGAUGAAGAUGAGAGGAGCAGCAGAGAGAUGUUUGAGCAGAUCACAGUGUUGUUCCUGAGGAGGAUGAAGCAGGAGAAGCUGGCUGACUGUCUGCAGAGCAAACUUUCUGCUGCAGUUUGUGGACGUAAACUUAAAUGUUCUCUGAAGAAGAAGUUCCAGAGAGUGUUUGAGGGCAUUGCUAAAGCAGGACAGCCGACCCUCCUGAAUGAGAUCUACACAGAGCUGUACAUCACAGAGGGAGGGACUGCAGAGGUCAAUGAUGAACAUGAGGUCAGACAGAUUGAAGCAGCAUCCAGGAAAGCAGACAGAGCAGAAAGAAGCAUCAGAGCAGAAGACAUCUUUAGAGGCUCACCUGGAAGAGAUGGACCAAUCAGAACAGUGAUGACACAGGGAGUGGCUGGCAUCGGGAAAACAGUGUUAACACAGAAGUUGACUCUGGACUGGGCUGAAGACAAAAGCAACCAGGACAUCCACUUCAUGUUUCCAUUGACUUUCAGAGAGCUGAAUGUGCUGAAAGAGAGAAAGUUCAGCUUGGUGGAACUUGUUCAUCACUUCUUCAGUGAAACCAAAGCAGCAGGAAUGUGCAGCUUUGAAGACUUCCAGGUUGUGUUGAUCUUUGACGGUCUGGAUGAGUGUCGCCUUCCUCUGGACUUCCACAACAAUGAGGUCCUGACUGAUGUUACAGAGUCCACCUCAGUGGAUGUGCUGCUGACAAACCUGAUCAGGGGGAAUCUGCUUCCCUCUGCUCGCCUCUGGAUAACCACACGACCUGCAGCAGCCAAUCAGAUCCCUCCUGACUGUGUGGACAUGGUGACGGAGGUCAGAGGGUUCACCGACCCACAGAAGGAGGAGUACUUCAGGAAGAGAUCCAGAGAUGAGGAGCAGGCCAGCAGCAUCAUCUCCCACAUGAAGACAUCACGAAGCCUCCACAUCAUGUGCCACAUCCCAGUGUUCUGCUGGAUCACUGCUACAGUUCUGGAGGAGCUGCUGAGAAGCAGAGAGGGAGGAGAUCUGCCCAGAACCCUGACUGAGAUGUUCAUCCACCACCUGGUGGUUCAGACCAAAGUCAUGAAGGUCAAGUAUGAUGGAGGAGCUGAGACAGAUCCACACUGGAGUCCAGACAGCAGGAGGAUGAUUGAGUCUCUGGGAAAACUGGCUUUUGAGCAGCUGCAGAAAGGAAACCUGAUCUUCUAUGAGUCUGACCUGACAGAGUGUGGCAUCGAUAUGAGAGCAGCCUCAAAGUACUCAGGAGUGUUCACACAGAUCGUUAAAGAGGAGAGAGGACUGUACCAGGACAAGGUGUUCUGCUUCGUCCAUCUGAGUGUUCAGGAGUUUCUGGCUGCUCUUCAUGUCCAUCAGACCUUCAUCAACUCUGGAGUCAACCUGCUGGAAGAACAACAACAAACAACAUCUCGUUGGUCUAAACUGUUCCAGAGUAAAUCAGCACGUUUCUACCAGAGAGCUGUGGAUGAGGCCUUGCAGAGUCCAAACGGACACCUGGACUUGUUCCUGCGCUUCCUCCUGGGUCUGUCACUGCCGACCAAUCAGAAUCUCCUACGAGGCCUGCUGACACAGACAGGAAGUCUCUCACAGACCAAUCAGAAAACAGUGAAGUACAUCAAGAAGAAGAUCAGUGAGGAUGUGUCUGCAGAGAGAAGCAUCAAUCUGUUCCACUGUCUGAAUGAACUGAAGGAUGUUUCUCUAGUGGAGGAGGUCCAACAGUCCCUGAGAUCAGGACGUCUGUCCACAGAUAAACUGUCUCCUGCUCAGUGGUCAGCUCUGGUCUUCAUCUUACUGUCAUCAGGAGAACAUCUGGACGUGUUUGACCUGAAGAAAUACUCUGCUUCAGAGGAGGUUCUUCUGAGGCUGCUGCCAGUGGUCAAAGCCUCCAAGAAAGUUCUACUGAGUGGCUGUAAUCUGUCAGAGAGAAGCUGUGGAGCUCUGUCCUCAGUCCUCAGCUCCCAGUCCUCCAGUGUGACAGAGCUGGACCUGACUAACAACAACCUGCAGGAUUCAGGAGUGGAGAGUCUUUCUGCUGGACUGGAGAGUCCACACUGUAAACUGGAAGCUCUCAGACUGAGUGGCUGUAAUCUGUCAGAGAGAAGCUGUGGAGCUCUGUCCUCAGUCCUCAGCUCCCAGUCCUCCAGUGUGACAGAGCUGGACCUGACUAACAACAACCUGCAGGAUUCAGGAGUGGAGAGUCUUUCUGCUGGACUGGAGAGUCCACACUGUAAACUGGAAGCUCUCAGACUGAGUGGCUGUAAUCUGUCAGAGAGAAGCUGUGGAGCUCUGUCCUCAGUCCUCAGCUCCCAGUCCUCCAGUGUGACAGAGCUGGACCUGACUAACAACAACCUGCAGGAUUCAGGAGUGGAGAGUCUUUCUGCUGGACUGGAGAGUCCACACUGUAAACUGGAAGCUCUCAGACUGAGUGGCUGUAAUCUGUCAGAGAGAAGCUGUGGAGCUCUGUCCUCAGUCCUCAGCUCCCAGUCCUCCAGUGUGACAGAGCUGGACCUGACUAACAACAACCUGCAGGAUUCAGGAGUGGAGAGUCUUUCUGCUGGACUGGAGAGUCCACACUGUAAACUGGAAGCUCUCAGGCUGUCAGGCUGUCUGCUCACAGAGGAAGGCUGUGCUUCUCUGGCCUCAGCUCUGAGCUUCAAGACCUCAAAUCUGAGAGAGCUGGACCUGAGCUACAACCAUCCAGGAGACUCAGGAGAGAAGAUGCUGAGAGCUAAAGUGGAGGAUCCACACUGUAGACUGGAAACUCUCAGGGUGACGCCUGCUGGAGUCCGAUGGUUGACACCAGGUCUGUGGAGAUAUUCCUGUCAACUCACAGUCGACACAAACACAGUAAACAGAAAACUCAAACUGUCUGACAGCAACAGGAAGGUGACACGUGUGGAGGAGGAUCAGUGGUAUCCUGAUCAUCCAGACAGGUUUGACUGCUGGGAACAGCUGCUGUGUAGAACUGGUCUGACUGGUCGCUGUUACUGGGAGGUGGAGUGGAGAGGAGGGGUUAAUAUAUCAGUGAGUUACAGAGGAAUCAGAAGGAAAGGAGGCAGUGACUGUGUGUUUGGACGUAAUGAUCAGUCCUGGAGUCUGAUCUGCUCUGAUGAUGGUUACUCUGUCAUUCACAAUAACAUUCAAACAUCCAUCAGUUCCUCCUCAGACUCUGACAGAGUUUCAGUUUAUGUGGACGUUCCUGCUGGAACUCUGUCCUUCUACAGAGUCUCCUCUGACUCUCUGAUCCUCCUCCACACCUUCAACACCACAUUCACUCAACCUCUCUAUCCUGGAUUUGGGGUCUGGUUCUCUGGUUCCUCCUCAGUGUUUCUGUGCUGAGUUCAGUCUCCAGAGUCUCCUCCUGUCAGAGAAACAGUGUUGAACAGAUAGUUGAGUCUCUCCAUGACUCUGUCCCUCACAAACAUGUUUUCACAUUCAUGGAUUAAAUCUAAUCUUCUUCCUCUUCAAAGAUGAAGUUGUGAUUCUUCCAGGAGCCAAAUGUGGUGUUUGCGUCUUUUUCCAGUCAAAUGUUGAGAGUGAAAAUCAGGAUGUGGUGUUCCUCUGACGCUCACUUGAACUAAAAGCAUUUGAGCUGCACAAAGUGUGAAAUGAGAGAGGAAGCAGUGAAUCUACAAACUGCUGACAGACUUUCACACAUUAUUGUCCAGAGAAAAUCAGGUUUUUGUGCAAACAACUGUGCAAACUCUGUUUUAUAAUCUAAUAUUGUUAUUGUAUUCAUUUGUUCCUUUUUUCUUUUUAGAGCAAACAGACAUUUAAAAUCUUUUCCUGUAAAAACAUCUGAUGAUUAUUUAGCUCACAGAGUUUUAAAACCUUCACAAAGCAAACAGAAAUCACACAAACAUCCAGUUAACACGACGUGUUUUCAUCUGAAUAUUCUUUCUAUUCAGACAUUCUAGUUUCUUUUAUGCACUUUAGUCUUGAAGCAAUGAGGACAAACCUACAUUAUUAUUAAAUCUCUCUUUUUAUCCAACAGGAAAUCUAAAUUCUUCCACAUAUUUUAGACUUUCUCUGUAAAAACAGGACAAAAGAAGCUGCAGAACUACAGAAAUAUGAAUGUAAAAGCUGAAUCAGUCUGAAAACUAAACACAAAACUAAUCUGCAGCGUUUAGUUCUGAUAAAUAAUCAGUUUUUGACAGAUUUCUGCUGCUUGGUGGACUGAAGGAACGGCGCCUCCUGCUGGAGUCUCAGCAACAAGAAUUAAAUCACAUGUUCUGAAAAUGAGUGAAAUGAUUCUUAGUUUGAACAGGAAUAGAAUAAAAGAGCAGGAUUUCAUGUUUUUUCUCAGUGUGUCGACCUCUUCUACCAACAAAAAUCACAUUAAAACAUGAGAGAAGCAGUUUUUGUGUUUUAAAUUCAUAAAUAUUUUGAAGAGAAGGUUCUGAAUAAACUGUGGUUAGAAGAAACAUUUUAGCCGCUAACGUCCACGAUAUUAAAGAUUACAAACAUCUGCAUCACCUGUAAUGUUAACAAACACACAGAUCAAUAUUUACAUAUAUAUUAGAGAUGUUAAAUAUUUAUCUCUAUAUACCGACCAGCCCCCCCCUGCCUACCAUCCUGCCCUUGGAAUGAAUAGUUUUGUUGAGCAGCCUUUGAACUGAUCUCUGGUCUGUUCUGAUGUUGGACUUGUUUGUUCCUCAGAGCUGCAUCAGACUGUUCUGGACACUUUGUCUUGUCCUGUUAGUUCACUUCCUCCUGUUUCAUCAGUUUCUUUGUUCAGUUUAUCCAGUUUCAGGUUGUUUUUUUGUAUGUUUCCUCUUUUGAACUUAGUUGUUUGUUUUUGCAGUCGCAGCAGUUUUGUUUGUUUCUGGAAUGAGUUUGGUUUAUUUUCUCCUCAGUCCAGUUUGAACAUUUCUGUAUUGAUUUAGUUCCUGCUUUGUUUAAUAAAUUCCUUUUGAAUCCUC